UUUGUUUUUGUUUUUGUUUUUGACGGGAAAACACAGCCAAUUUAUUCAAUUUCAAUGGUAUAUUGAAACAGAGAAAGUAAUUUUCAUAAAGCAAAAUAAUUAAAAACAAAAAAAAAGACAUUCAAUUAUAAUAUUAUAAAGGUUUCAUUAGUGUAGCCGUUAGCCGUUACGAAGCAAUUCACAUUUAUUUUGAUAAAUAAAAAGAAAAAAGAAACCAAAAUAUUCUGAAGAUGACCGUUACAUUUACCCGCAAUUCAAAUUCACCAAAAACCCAAUUCACCCAGAUAGAAUUAGAUUCCCACAAAAUUACAGAAACCAGAAAUGGAAGAAGAAACAACAUUACAGCAACUCAGAUCCAAAGCCACUGAACUUCUACUCAGAGAAGAUUGGAAUGAAUCAAUCAAAGUUUACUCCAAAUUCAUCUCUCUUUGCCAACAACAAAUUUCAAACACUAAUCAACAAUCAGACAUUUCAAUACUCCAGAAAUCCCUCUGUUUAUCCCUCUCGAAUCAAGCCGAAGCCCGGUUUCGAUUAAGGGAUUUCGAGGAAGCCCUCAAAGAUUGUGAUGAAGCGCUUCAAAUUGACAAUACCCAUUUCAAAACCCUUGUUUGUAAAGGUAAAAUCUUGCUCAAUCUUAAUAGAUAUUCUUUGGCUUUGGAUUGUUUUAAAGGGGUUUUGGGUCUUGAAUCACAACAGUGUAAUGGGAAUUUAGAGAUGUUAAAUGGGUUUAUUGAGAAAUGUAAGAAGCUUGAUUAUUUGUCAAGAACUGGUAAUUUUGAUGUUUCUGAUUGGGUUUCUGGUGGGUUUUCUGGGGUUUGUCCUGAACUUGGUGAAUUUGUUGGUAAUGUUGAGAUUAAAAGGUCUGAAAUUAGUGGAAGAGGUUUGUUUUCUACUAAAAAUAUUGAUGUUGGAAAUUUAAUUUUGGUUACUAAAGCUGUUGCUACUGAAAGAUGUAUUUUACCAAAAUGUAGUAAUGGGGUUUUGGGUGAAAAUGCUCAAUUGGUUAUGUGGAAGAAUUUCAUUGAUAAGGUUAACAAAUCGGCCUCGAAAUGUUCCAAAAUCCGUCAUUUGAUUAGUACAUUGUCUAUUGGUGAGAAUGAGGAUGAUCUUGAAGUACCUGAUAUUUGUCUCUUUAAGCCUGAAACUGAAGGGGUGAAUUUUCCUACUCAAGACCUUGAUGUAGACAAGAUUUUGAGUGUACUUGAUGUGAAUUCGCUUGUUGAAGAGGCGGUUUCGAGCAAAGUCCUAGGGAAGAAUAGUGAUUAUUAUGGUGUAGGCUUAUGGUUGCUCCCUUGUUUGAUCAACCAUUCUUGUAGUCCUAAUGCAAGGCGUUUGCACAUUGGUGAUUAUGUGGUUGUUCUUGCUUCUAGGGUAGUAAAGGCAGGGGAAGAGAUCACAUUUGCUUACUAUGAUGUUCUUUCUCCAUUUAGCAAGAGGAAAGAAAUGGCCAAAACAUGGGGCUUCCAAUGUGAGUGUAAGAGGUGCAAAUAUGAGGAAGAAAUGCAAUCCAAACCCGAGAUUGGUGAGAUUGAGAAAGGACUCGAACGAGGAGUGGAUGUUGGUUGUGCCAUUUUUCGACUAGAGGAGUGUAUGAGGAGGUGGGUGAUGAGAGGAAAAGAGAAGGGUUACUUUCGAGCAUCGUUUUGGAAGGCAUUUUCUGAGGCUUAUGAAUCAGAGAAGACUGUAAGGAGGUGGGGGAGGAAGAUACCGGCAUUAGAGCCAAUUGUGGACAGCUUAGUUGAAGCAGUUGGAGGAGAUGAAAGAGUACUCAAAGUGCUUGUUAGGAAGCUGAAGAAAAGUGGUAAUGGGUUUGCAGAAAUGGAAAGGGCAAUCAAGUUAGGAAGAGGUGUCUAUGGUAAGAUUGUGAAGAAACAAGCUCUAAGAAUUCUUCUUGAACUUGGAGUUCAUGAAUAAGAAUGAAUGCUCUACUAACUUAGUAGCAUGCUUAAUUUUGUUAAUUCAUUCUUCUGCUAUAAUUUUUUUAGUGGAGAAAGAUUAACAUGUUAUGUUUUUAGCUAGUUUCAAGUUUAAGAGAUUUUUAGCUUAAAUCUUUUCAUGUCUUGAACAAUUUGUUAGCGGCAAUCAAGACAAUUAUCUUUGUCUAGUACUCUAAUACUAGUAGUUUCUGGUGUUUGCAUUAUUUUAGAUAUGACUGUAUGAGCAUUAGUUUACACCUAAGAUUUGUGUAAGCAUAGGAAUACUUGGACUAUAGUCUAUACUUAGCUUAUUUGAAUACAGAUUGGCUUACUGUUUGCUCACAUAAAUUUCUAGAAUUAAAAGUAUUAUUUUUUUCAAUUCAACUAUGG